AUGGCUGAGUCUCAGCAGAGCCAGGAGGCCAGCACAGGGCACGCUCACCACCCUAAAGCUGACUCCGUUGGUUUUGAGGAUGACCAUGUUGAGACUGCACAAGAAAUACCAGUGAAUAAGAUGUCAGGGAACGAAGCUCGUCCUCCCACAAGCGUCACAGACAAGAUAUUUUUUAUCGAUUUAGCCAAUAAGCAACUGAAAACCAUCUCACCAAAGGUCUUCAGUCUAGAAUAUCUGGAAGAGCUGCACAUGGAAAAGAAUCAGAUAACAAGCAUCCCCAGGGGCAUCAAUAACCUGAGGCACCUGAAGAUCCUCUACUUGGAUCAGAACCACAUACAGGACCUAUGUGAAGAACUGGGGCAGCUGAAAUAUCUUCUGAGCUUAGAUUUAAGUAACAACCCCCUCUCCUACAGUUCACUGUCAGUUAUCAGCAAGUUGCAGUCCCUUCGUCGGCUCAGGCUCUAUAAAACAAACUUGCAAGAAAUCCCAGUGCAGAUCUGUAAGCGCCUCCAUCACCUUGAACUGCUUGGCCUUUCUGACAAUAAUCUCAAGUCUCUGCCUAAAGAAAUAGUGAACCUGACAAAACUCAAGGAAAUUUACCUCCGGAAAAACAGAUUUGAAAGCUUUCCCAAGGAGCUUUGUCAUAUUGCUAGUUUAGAAAUAAUAGAUCUGGAACAAAAUCUAAUCAGUCUCAUCCCAGAAGAGGUAGGCUUUUUGACAAACUUAGUUAAGCUAUUUUUAGCUUUUAAUAACUUAUCCAUCAUUCCUCCUACACUGCGACGCUGCCAGAAGCUGGAUCUGCUGGAUCUGUCUCAUAAUUUCCUGCACAAGCUUCCCCCAGGUUUGAAGGAUCUCACUGAAAUGAGAGUACUCAAACUGUCUGCUAACAGCCUGGAGAAGUUCCCACAGCAGAUCUGCUGCUGGCCUUCCCUUUCCCACGUUUAUCUGAGGAACACUGGACUGCGCAGAGUACCCAAGUCCUUCACCAAAUUAACCAGCGUCAGGAUACUAGAUCUGGGUGAAAAUUGCUUCAGUAAGAUUCCUAAAGGAAUAAGCAUGAUGAAAAAUCUAGAAGUACUGGCCCUGGAUGACAAUCAGAUACAGGAGAUACCCGCGGAGCUGAAAGAACUGACAAAUUUGAAAAGCCUUAACCUGUCUGAAAACCAAUUCAGUGUCUUUCCAAUGGAAAUCUUUCUUCUGGAUUCAUUAGAAAAAUUAUACCUGGGACAAAAAAAAGGAAUUAAAUUGACGAGCCUGCCAGAAGACAUCAGCAAAUUGCAGCAUCUGAAAGAACUGCAUCUGGAGAACAAUUGCCUGGAGUACCUACCUGCAACCAUCAGCUUGUUGACCCAUUUGAAUGUACUUGACUGUAGCAACAACCUCCUUAAGGAGCUCCCCGACUCCAUAUGCCAAGCGGAAGGUUUGCAAAAACUGUUCAUCCAGAACAAUCAAUUGUCCCAGCUGCCCGAGGAUCUGGACACUCUUCAGCAGCUGGAGGUGGUGGUUGUGGAUGGGAACCCUAUGGCAAACCCUCCGAUAGAAGUGUGCUGUCAGGGGAAAGCUGCCAUCUGGGAAUUCUUAAAGGAAAAAAGGCGUAAAAAGGCCAUAAAAUUAAAGGUCCGAAGGUUGUGGCGUCAGUUGAUGAACGAGAAGGGGCUUAGAGCUUUCUUGGCAUUUAAAAGUAUGAUGGACAAAAAGAAAAAAGGAAAAGAAAAGAAAAAGAAGCCUGUGAAAGGAUCAAAAGCCAAAAAGUGA